GGGCGCAGCUCCCGCCUCCCGCCGCCGCAGGCAGGGUCCGCGCUGGCCGCUGCGUGGUGGCGGGGCCGGGCCGGGACGGGGACAGGGACGGCGGCCCGCCCGCCCCCGCCCGCGGGAGAAUCUCAUCUUAUACCAGCCUGAGAUCCCUGUCUUCCAGGAGAAAGACAUAUACUGGUCCUGAGUGGAAUUAGUGGAGCAUCCAUCCUUGAGCCCCCAGGUUUACAGAGGAGUUCACCUAACUGCUCUCGGAAAGGCCCUUUCGAAGAUACACCCUAAGUGUGUGAUGUCAAGGAGUGGGCAGUCCUUGGGCCCUCCCCCACACUAUUGUAACGUCAUGUGCCAGUAUGAAUAUUAACACAGAAACACAUACUUCAGUACUCAGUAUCCAGAGAAGAAGAAAGGAGAAGCUAGACGUUGGGAACAAAUGACUGGAUUGCUUGCAAAACUUUGGGCAGCUAACUUCUUCAGAAAUACUCCAUUCCACCUAUUGUGAAACAGUUAAAAGAGCAGAACAGAAACAGCAUUUUUGGGUCUCUUUUUUUUUUAUUUAUUUAACUUUUUUCCCUUGGUGUUGGAUCUCAGACUCUCAUCCUCACUGAACACAAGCACUGAACAUCAAUAUGUGUCAUGUCAUUGUAACAUGUCGCUCAAUGCUGUGGACGCUCCUGAGCAUUGUUGUGGCUUUUGCAGAGCUCAUAGCUUUCAUGAGUGCGGAUUGGCUGAUUGGCAAAGCCAAGCCUGUGAAUUCUGAGGAUACAGACAACAGGACUGGAGGGUCACAGGAGCCUUACCAUCCAACUUUGGGGAUCUAUGGACGUUGCACCAGAAUCUCCCAUGUGCAGGUUUCCAGACGAGACACGCUUUGUGGCCCCUAUGCAGAGAACUUCAAUGAGAUUGCCAGUGGAUUCUGGCAGGCUACUGCUAUUUUCCUAGCUGUGGGAAUCAUGAUUCUCUGUGCUGUGGCAUUUGUGUCUGUCUUCACUAUGUGUGUGCAGAGUGUAAUGAAGAAAAGCAUUUUUAAUGUCUGUGGGCUGCUACAAGGGAUUGCAGGCCUCUUCCUUAUCUUAGGCUUGAUGCUGUACCCUGCAGGUUGGGGCUGCCAGAAGGCAGUAAGCUAUUGUGGACACUAUGCUUCUGCUUACAAACUUGGAGACUGCUCACUGGGCUGGGCCUUCUACACUGCUAUUGGUGGCACUGUUCUGACAUUCGUCUGCGCAGUCUUCUCAGCACAAGCAGAAAUCGCCACAUCCAGCGACAAAGUGCAAGAAGAAAUCGAGGAAGGGAAAAACCUGAUUUGCCUCCUUUAACAUUGGAAGAAAGCUGCCUGGGAAAUACUGACUUCAGUCCUGUUUCACUUUCAGACAACUAGAUAAAGGAUCUGCUGACUUGUAUUCACUAUUUGUGAUUGAGCCCCAGGCAUUCUAGCCUUGAACUAACUGAAACAGUAUGUCUUCAUUUGCUGGGCAAUGAGGAGCAGAAGAUGAGGAUCCCAAGCAAAGAGAAUGUAGAUCCCUAGAAAUUUGGAGCUUGAAUACUCUACCAGGACUCAGCAACAUAUGCGUAAUUCUGAGGGGAGGGAGAACCUUGUAUCUCAUGAAUAAACCUCGUUAUAGAGCCGACAAAUUCUGAGGCGAUUGGAUUGUGUUAUUCCCUUGACCACUUUGAAGGAUUGUGAUGACAGUAAUAAAUAGCCACCACAUUUCUCCUAUGUCCAGGACAAGCCUAUUUAAUCAGGGUUUGCUUUGAAGGGCUUCAGUUACCUGUGAACAUUUAAUUGCUACCUGGUUCGGUACCAUAGCUCGUAUAGUGGUGCUUUUCGAGGAGUUUAUAAUUUACUUAAAGCACAGCAACUUUCUUGGAUAAUGUAAUGUUUGAUGAAGAGAAAAGAGUUGACAUUAACUCCUCCUAAAAGGUCAGUAUAAAGAAAUAGAGGUAAAGUCUCAACUUUACAGCUAUGUUUGUUCUGGCAUGAAACUGCAGUACCAAGUGGCAGGCAUAUUACAUUUCAGCAGCUAGAUAUGAAGUUAGUUUGGUUUCCUAACACAAGCAGGGGACCUGUUAGACUGGGGUUUAACUGUACAUUAUAAACAUUGGUAGAAUAAUCCUUUACCACUAAGGUAUGAAACACUUAAUCUUUUUAUAUGGGAUUUUACUGGGAAUCCCAGGAACCUCAAUAUUCAGGGAAAACACUAUUCUUUCUGCAACCCAGUUGUCACUAUUACCAUAUGAAUGCCAGCAAGAGCUGACAGUGACUCCCCUCUAGUAUAAGUAUGGCUCAGUAUUUCCCUCUUAUUUGCCUGUGGAAACCUCAUUCCCAGUCCACAGACCACUGUGUAGAAGCCCAGAGCCAGGUUACCCUUUAAUAAAUAGUACACCUAUCAGGAAACCAUGCCAAAGUCCGAAUGGUUAGGGGAAGAUCUUUUUCCCUUUCUUUUUAACCACAUUUGCUCUGGAUCCAUUUCUAGCACAAUCAGCAGAAAUAGAAAUAAAGCCUGCCACGAAUGACAUUCCUUUCCCGGAGCCAUUCUCUGUUGUUACUUGCCGUGUUUCUCCAGGUUCUGUGAUUACUCAAGAGCAAACAAAAAAGGUAUUAAAAAGAAAAGUUAGAAACAUGAGCACAAUGACUUGUUUAUUUAAUAAUGCUUGAAAAAUCCAACAUGAUAAUGGAGUUAUUUUUAAACAGUUAGGCUGAUAGAGGAGGAGAAAUACGGGCAGGCAUUGAAGGUUGAAACAUCCUGUUAAAAUGCUACCCAGACCCAUCAAAUGCGGCCAUUUGAAUUCUACCAUUUUUCUAUAGUGUUACAAUCAAACAAGCUCUGUAGAAAGUGGGUAUGAAUCACUCCUCUGGGUAAUACAAGUGAUUCACCAUGGAGGGAAACACUAGGAUAGAAAUGCAGUGAGGCUUCAUUUCCUGAUUCUGCUGCAUUUACACUUGCUGACCUGGGAGUUGAGGAAAACGCAGACACUAGGUUUAAACAAAUUACAAACUAGCUUGAAGGCUUCUUGGAGCUCAUGCUGUUCCCCACAGUUAGCUCCGUUAGCAGUUUUUUUAGGUGCUUCCCACCCACCACACCCUCUGCGUAGUCACUGUUAAGUAAAACAGUUCUGGAAAGGCACUGUUUAAUGUGAGAGAUUCUGGUGAGGGUUCAGGGUUCUAACUUUUAUUGGUUAGAAAUGAGACUGUCCUUAUCUUACAAUUAUUUAUCAUUUUUUCAAACCCUGAUUUAAAAACUGGUUAAAUCUAUUUGUUCACUUCUUAAAGUGGAAUACUUUUAUUCUGAGAUCCCCAAACUAGUCCUUUGACCUGUUUGAUUGCUUGCUUGCUCACUCGAUUCUGGCUCUCUGUAUAACAGCUAAAGUACUCUAAAAUGAAAGUUGCCAUUCAAAGACCCAGUUUCUAACUACCUUCCACCCAAGGCUGCCUCUUCUGCAGUCAGUACUACAGUGGAUGGGCUGGAGUAACAGCCAGAGCCUACGUAGUGCCAAGUGUUAGAGUUACUGUCUCAUAACUACGCAGCCUAUGGCUCAUCACCAUUCUCCAUGGCUGCCUGGGCAGCAGACAGUGCUCUUGUGUUGCGGAGGGUAGAUCAAGCCCAUUCCUCCCCAGCCACAAGCACAUUCUCUCCCAUCUUGAGAGGAGGGCUGAAACAGUGUGGAGGGUAUGAUCACAGCCCUGUGCCACAGGAAUCUGCACUGUGACGCUUUCCUGAUAUUAAACCCAGAGCUCUCCGUUGAGAAGCCUGGUCUCCCCACCCCAUCUAAUUGCUCUCUUGUACAGAUUUGAAAAUGGGUAUUUCACUUUUCUUUUGGUUGUUUAAUACAAUAAAGCUGUGGGCCGAGGCUAUUUUAUGCCAACUCUCCACAUAAGACAAAAAUCCCUUGUCCCCUUUGCAAAGGGUGGUGGGAAGGCAAAAUUGCUGCGGGUUGCUCUGCCUGGUGUGGCUGAGCAGGGCUCCUUUUUAGAAAUAGAUUUUCAUAUGCUGAGAGCACACAUCCAGCCAGACGCUCCCAGGGGAUGACUGACCUUUCUCUGUAAAGAAUCACUCUCCUCCACAAAGCCGGUGGCAGGGGGUCUGUAUGUCCUCCAGCUGGUGGUCCUUAACAGCCCCCUACCAGAAAGGGUGCUGCACAGGUUGGAGGACACAGGGCACGAGGGUCCAGUAAGCACUGUGGAAAUGGCACUAGGAUGAAGGCAGAUUUUAUAUUCUGAUUUUACUUUGUGAUUUCCCCCCCACUUUUUUUUUUUUUUUUUUUACACUAUGUGACACUAAUAUAAAGUCAAACCACUAAGUUCAGAAAGUGCAUCGUGCAAUGCCUCAGUACAUUGCUUUGGACUGCACAGUCUAUGACCUGUGUGAAUAAAACAAAACAAAAUAAAACUGAGUAACCCUAUAAUGUAUUAUUAGAACAUACUGCAUUACAUUGGCUAUAAAGUUCUAAAAAUGUUAGUGUUGGAUUUUAGACUACAGUACACACAAUAGCUCUUUUAGUUGAAUGUUUUGCUUUUGUUUUCUGAUCUUGUGACCAAAGAGGGGCAGCUUCUAUGACUGUUUUGGUAUAACAUAACAUCAAACUGACCUACCAUAACAUAAUCAGUUAUGUUCAUCCACCCAUGCUCAGUGACUGGCACAGAGGGGAAGACACGCUGGGAAGAAAUGCAGAAACAAAUCAGACUCUUAGGUUUUCUCAGGGUUCUGUUUUUCUAGCAAGUGAUAAGAUGGUUUCAUGCCACAGAACUUUUUUAAAUUUUUCAGAUAUGUAAACACACUGCUUUUUAUGGCUGUUUAAAACUUCUGUUGAAUUUCACCUUCUCCUAAAAAAUGACCUUCAAAAACAUGUAUUUUCCAUCAGUUUUAGGCAAGUUUAACUUCAUUAUGGGACCUGAAGUGUAUCUGCUUCUUAAUGCACUGCAGAAGCUCUCAAAAUGUUUGCUGUGGAUUUGUUAAAACCUGUGUGCUAACAAGCUCAUGAUUGUAACACUCUAUUUUGUGUAGAAAGUUUUUUAAACAUCUGUGGUUUCAUCACUUCAUAACCAUAUUAUUCUGUAAAGUGCCAUAGUCCUUUUUGGAACUGUAGCAUAUUAAAAAAAUAUAUAUAUAUACAUAUACAUACACACACACAACUUUGUGUGAGAUGUGCAAUAACAGAAGUGUUGGGGGAGGGGAGUUUUUUGUUGGUUUUUUAAAUUGGGAUAUGCUUUGAAAAGGGACUUCCCAAGUGGUUAGACUUUUGCUUUUGAGGACAGUUUAACUUUCAAUGUAAUACUUCAAAGUCAUUGUUAGAGGAAAUAAGAUCACAUGGACUGUAGUUUAAUAGGUCCAACUCAAAUCUCUUCCACAUUUAUUUGAAAUACUUAGCUCUUCAUAUACAUUUAUGGCCUUAAUAUCAACUGUGAAGCCGCACACCUGUGGUAGUUUAACACCUAGAUGUUGAAAUGCUCAGCAGGACCUGACAGUGUUCCUUAAUGGGCUUUAUAAGCUAGUAGACAUUUCAAAAACACUGCUACUCAAUUUGUCUACAGUGUGCUUCUGUUAACAAAAGAUCAACCAUCUCCAGGUCCUGGAAUUCAGAUUAAAUACUAAUGCUGAAUCAAAAUGAAUUUUAAAUCAGAAUAUCCCACUUCUCAGUUUUAAAGGCAGAGCUCAUUUCCUCAGACAUCCAUGAGGAGGGAAGCCUGCUACAUUACAGCUAUCACUGCCUCUGUUACGAAGACAAAGCCACACAAGACACUCAGCAGUGGCGCCACUUAAACAAAAUACAAAGAACGUAGUCUGUAGCAAUCCAGCUAGACAAAAAGUUUGAGCCAUAGCUUAUUUGUAGUACUGCUGGUGUGCUCAAAAGCAAGUGGUGUGCAGCAUUUUUCAGUAUUGGUGAGGUACUCAGUAACAUUUUUAUCUGAAUUAAACUGGAGUUUGCAGACUAAUUCUUACUAACAUAGAUCUGACUUUAGCUUGAAUAUACUUGGAUAUUUCAAGACUGAUCAAGGAGUUUACAUUUAUACUUAGAAAAUUUAUAUUAGGAUAUUGUGUUAGUAUUGUAGAUUUCACAAUGGUUUUGGCAUUGUAUUGCCUGGCUGCCACUUAGGUUUUGAUCACUAAGUGUGCGAUCUUAAAAUUGUAACUGUUUUCAUACAAGAAAGUUGCAUUAAAAUAGCUUUAAUUAAAUGUA